AUGAGUUCACCUUCCCCUACCCAUUCCUUAUCCUCACCAACAACAUCUAAUCAUCAUGAACAAGUAUUACCAACACCUUCAUCAUCAACUACUACUGGACAAUCUAUACCUAAAAACAAUAAGCAACAAACACUAAGACAAGAAUUAGAACAACAAUUAACUGAAAAGAAAAAACAAUUAGAAGAGUCAAGCAGCGGCAUAGGCAAAAAUGUAUUGGCUCGUCAAAUAAGUCAGCUUGAAGAAAGACUAAAAGAAAUGGAAACCCAAAAAUAUGAAGACGAAACAGUCAUCUCAAACGAAAGACUUCGAAACCUUGAAAGAGACUUGGCUGCUUAUAGAAAACCACAGGGCUUACGUAAUAAAAAAGAGUUACUCAACCAGAGGUCACCUAUGACCACUGGAUUAGACCCUUUACCUAGCCCUACAGCAUCUUCUCUUCUCCCACCUCAUCAUGAUUCAACCUCCCUUCUUCCUCUUCCUCCUCCUCCAACUGGAUCUACACCAACCAAACGACGAUCUAAAGUACCCAAUACAGAUCGUAGAAAUACAGAUAUCGAAUUUGCUACCGAGAUCGGUCAAGGUCUAUUGUUGGAAGUCAGAAAGAUGCAAGCUCUGUUACAGGAAAAGGAAGAGAAACUUCGAACCUUGGAAAAUCAAAAGGCUGACUUGGAAAGAGCUGCAGAAGCAAUGGCCAAACAAAUGCGUCAGCGAGAAGAAAAUGAAGAAAAACUAAAAGAGGAAACAUGGAACUUGGAAUUGGCUAAACAAGAGCUGACCAUCAGCGUGACAGAGCUGCAGCAGAAUCUAAAUAAAGCCAAUGUGGAACAAAACAAACUGGCCAAACAGGUCAAUGAACUUAGAGCAGAGAUUGAGCAGCUACGAGACCGAGAGGAGAAGCUGAAUCAAACGAUUGAAACGAUGAAAAACCGUCAUGAACAGGAUAUGUCUGCUAUACGUCGACAUGCCGCUGCACUUCAACGAGAAAAAUCAGAUCAAACAAAGCAGAUUGAAACACUUGCAUCUGAAUUAGCCAUCGCAAAGGCUCAAUCCCGUAUCGCUAAGCAUGUCAUUUCUGAAGCUGAACCCAGUACACGUUCCGAACAGUCGGAUGAUCAAAACCUGUCUACACCCACAGUCAAGAAUGACACAUCGCCUGCUUCAUCUCCACCACCUUCACCUAAACAGCUGCCAACAUCACGUAGCCAAGCGAUGGAAGUAGAGACACUGAAAACCUCUUUGGCCCACGCUCAUCGUAUGGUCUCCAACUUGCGUUCGAACCUUCAUAAGGAAAAGACAGAAAAAUUCGAACUCAAAAAACUCCUGGCUGAGUCCCAGGAGACGAUCGAACAGUUACAAAAUGAUCCACGUCUUUGGGUAGAUGCCAGGCCCGUGCGUUCUUCUUCUUCUCAUCUGGGUUCAAAAGAUGAUGGCAGACGCCCUCAUAAAGCAUCUACUUCUUCUACAAAGAGACGAGGCAGAAAGACAGGUGACUCAGCCUCAAGACGUGGAAAGUUCAAGAAUGCCUCUUCUCGUCAUGCAGAUAACGAUUCUGUCUACUCCUACUCUUCCAUGUCAGACAACAGCGGAGAUGAUAGUGCAAGUGAAAGCGAUGCUCCUGUUUCUCCCUUUGACAAUGCACCCUCUGUGGGAUUCACCACGCUGUCCUCAGAGUUGUCCCAAAGUCAAAUGACCCAGAAACCAGUCGCUAUAGAUGCAGAAGUGAAUACAGAUCCUGUUCAUAUCGAAUCAGUACAUCCUUCUUUGGAUGAUAAGCUUGACAAAUUGUCAUCAGAGACAAGUCCUAUCAAGCAACUCGCAGGUGGUUUAGUCGCUGGUGCAGCUGUUGCCGUGGGAUCCCUGCUGCCAGCCAAAUCAGGUGUUGAAAUUUCCAUCCAAACGGAACCCAAGCCCGAAGGCGUCGACUGUCUUGUACAAACACAUGCUGUUCCCACUGCAUCCUUGUCGACACAAACAGAUGACUCAUCUUCAUUAGAUGAACCAAAGGUAGCAGUGGAUGCCUCUAUUCAGACAGAGGUUGAGCCCAAGGCUAUAGGUGUCGAAAUGUCUAUACAAACAGAUGAUGUCAGCACUUCCAAGUCAGCAAUUGAAACCUCGGUACAGACAGAAGAAGAAAAGCCAAAAGGAAUUGAAGAGUCUGUCCAGACGAUGCCUACGCCCACCGCAUCGCUUUCUACUCAGACAGAGGAUAGCCAAGUGGUAGAAGUGUCCACACAGACUGAGAUCGAAGCACGUGAGAUGCUUACACAGACAGAAGCCAAAGAUUCAGUAGAUUCUUCUGUACAGCACCAUGUUGAAAGCACUGAUGCUGAAACCCAGACAGGCACGGUUGAAACCAAAGAUGCGCAAGUGCAGCAUGAUACAGACAUGCUUCAAAGACCACCUAUCUUACCUUUGCCUCUGUCUGCUUCUCCAUCAACUUACCGUCCAUUCUCUGACGAUGAAGACAAUGAUUCAUUCUAUUACGAUGCUGCUUCAGAUAUUGCUCAGUCAAAGCCUUCGAGCAGAAAUACAUUGUCAAGCCUUGCCGCUUUGAAUGAGCCUGGAUCUCGCCAUAAUCUCAAGAUGACAGAAGAUUCUAUUCACAAGAAACCAUUGACACCACACAUAUCGCGUGCAGACUCAAUGUUUGGCUCCAAACCUACAUCCAUUCAUGCUCUAAUGGAAGCAAAGCCUACUGAAAAUGAAACAAAAUUUCAUGAUAAGGAUGAAGCAGAAAACAAAUUGUUUACCAAGGAAGAAGCGGAUGCAAUGAUCGCUGCUGCUGUUGCUGCUGCACUAUCCAAAGCCAAUGACGACAAGAACGCCUCUCGUAGAGACUCUGCUCUUGUUAGCUCAGCCGAGAAACCAGAUGAUAUAGAAGAACAAGAAGAAGACGAUAAUGGCUUUGGUAAUGUUGCUAUUCAAGUUCCUAGAGAGGUUAUUGCUACAUCUAUUCAAACUGUCGAAAAGGAACGUGCUCGUCCAGAUUUGGCUGAUGGUCCUUCUAUUGUGUUUGAUCAGGAGCCUGAGGAGCAAAUGUGGAGUGAAAACAAUAUCCCUCAACGUCCUUCUAAUCCUCCACCAGCAGCGUUAUUGAACAGAGCCGUAUCACCUAAUAGAUUAAGCAAGGGCAAGAUGCCCGAAACAGAAGGUGAACCUCAACAGUCUUUACAUAGAGGCACUGCUAGCAUGUCUAGUUUAUCUACUGCCAAUACCAAUGAACAGCUACACUCUAUUGCCUCAUCGCACUUUGACAAUCGCAGUACGAACGCAACAGAUCCAUUGAUGAUCAGCUUGAUCACAAAGACCAUGAUUGGUGACUGGCUAUGGAAGUACACGAGAAAUGCUAUGGGCGGUGGUAUCUCAGAAAAGAGACAUCAACGCUACUUUUGGAUUCAUCCCUAUACCCGUACACUUUAUUGGUCCAAUAAGGCGCCUGGAGUCGACGGUACUGAAACCAAAGCAAAGAGUGCACUUAUUGAAAAUAUUACGGUCGUACCUGAUUAUUCCACAACUCCUAGCGGAUUGCCUAAUGUCAGUUUGCUGAUUCAGACAAGCCAUCGUCAGCUCAAGCUGACUGCUCCUACUCUUGAAAAGCACGAUACCUGGUUUGAGUCUAUAUCACACCUGCUUGUACGUAACAACGAUUUAAGCUCUGGAUCAGUUGGGGAUAAUAGACCUAAUAACACCAACAAUGUCAAAUCUGUAUCAAGUGGUGCAAGUGGUUCAUUAUUAGAAAGACCUAGCUUCCGUCGAUUACAUGACAUGUUUUAUCAACCCUCAACGAGUACAGCUACUGCAACAUACGGAACAGAGAAUACAGCCAAUGAUGACUAUGAAGACGAACCACUGGAAGAUGUUCGUAUGUGUUGUAAUGGUAAACAUCAUGUCUCCAAAUUGGAACGAGAGCAUAACCAUCGUCAAUACCGUAAACGCACAAGUCGUAUACCAAAUCAACAACAUUAA